UCACAGUGAGAAGUCGCCAGCUGGGAAGUUCUCUCGUUAGGAUGAGGAAGGGACUAUUUUGCUUGUCGCUGAUUGGCUGCUACGAUAGCUAACUAAAAGCUUUGGGGGGGGGGGAGCUUAUCGAUACUGAUUUUUAUCCAUUUCCUACUUUUUUUAAAUUCAAGCACUGAGUAUUGCCCUUAUCACCACCACCUCUCUACACCUACGCAACCUCUACCACCACUACCGAAGCAGCAACAGCGCCGUAACAGCACAAUAGAUCAGACGACGCUCCAGAAAAACCCCCAAUCCGGCCUCCGAUCCCACGAGAAGCAGCGCACGCCCCCGAGGAAGAAACAAGCCCCGCGAGACCCAAGCCCGAGAACGAGAACUGCGCCGCCACCAUGCCCAAGUCGAAGCGGUCCAAGGUCGUGCACAUGACCAAGGUCACCAAGAAGACGCGCGAGCACAAGGAGCGCCUGUUCGACAACAUCCGCGACGCCAUCGCCCAGCACCAGUACUGCUUCGUCUUCGCCGUCGACAACAUGCGCAACACCUACCUCAAGGACCUGCGCCAGGAGCUGUCCGACAGCCGCUUCUUCUUCGGCAAGACGAAGCUCAUGGCGCGCGCGCUGGGCCGCACGGCGGCCGACAGCGCCGCGGACGGGACGUGGGCGCUGGCGGCGCACGUGCGGGGGACGGUGGGGCUGCUGGUGACGAGCCGGGCGCCGGGGGCGGUGCUCGCGCAGCUGGGGGCAGUGCGGCGGGCGGACUUCGCGCGGGCGGGGGCGGUGGCGCCGCGGGGCUUCGCGCUGCCGCCGGGGGCGCUGCACGCGACGGGCGGCGAGGUGCCGGCGGAGCACGACGUGCCGGUGGGCCACGCGCUGGAGCCGGAGCUGCGGCGGCUCGGGCUGCCCGUGCGCAUGGCGCGGGGCCGCGUCGAGCUCGACGCCCCCGCCGACGGCGCCGGCCACGUCGUCUGCCGCGCCGGCGACGUCCUCGACGCCCGCCAGACCCGCCUCCUCAAGCUCUUCGACGUCUGCCUCGCCGAGUUCCGCGUCCGCGUCGUCGCCUACUGGACCGCCGCCACCGGAGAGGUCACCCUCGUCGACCCGGACGCCGCCCCGGAGCAGCAGGACGAGGACGCGGACGAGGAGCUGGAGGACGGGAAGAGCGAGUAGGACCCCAAGGAUGGCUCUUCCCCCCGAGCUUACUACGCUCUCGUCCUUUUCCCCCCUCCGAGACCCGAGAUAUACAUACGCGCACCUACAUACAUGCGCUUAUUUUUGUGCCUGUUUUUCCUUUUUUUUUUCCUGCGGCGAUACCAUCAUGGGGUUUGCUGGCGUUAUUAGGCGGGACGGGGGGGGAGCGGGUAAGGGUGAAACUAAAAAAUAGGGAACGGAUCAAGCAUCUGAGAAAGAUGAAGAGAAGAACAAGAAAAAAAGCACAUCUUGUAUUCGCCCGGGAUUCUUCGCAUAUAUGCGGCGUACGGCAUCCGUUCGCGUAUAGAUAAGACGGAUGGACGAGUCAAAAGGGGCAGGCAGACAAAGCACGAGAGAGCCGUCCGAAAUUUC